GACUUGUCGUAUCGCACAGGUAAUGAAUGCUAAGUGGCUAAGGCAGUUCCCAAGAAUGCGACCGGGGAAGUUAUUUCGAUUACUAUCUAGGAGAGAACAACUUUACCGUUCUUGUAUCCUCUCAAGAUUGCUAUAUAUUACGAUGCCUUUUUCCGAUAUUGCUAUGAGCAAGUUGGCUCACCUAACCAAGCAAGCUGAACAAGUUGGCCAAGGGUUACAUUCCGACAGCUAGUUUAGAAUGCCCAUAACCUUUUGGUUCCAUGACGUGUCUCGAGUAAUUUAGAAUGAUGACCAAUAACUAUAGUUUAGAAUGAAACUCGUUAGUUGGCAGACGUUCAUAUAAUAUUGCUGAUGCUGCCUAAUGUUUCGGAAUAAUUACAUGGCUUCAUAUUGUACUGAUAGUCAACACUUUUGGCUUCACCAAUAAAUGUCAACGGGGGACCUCUCAAAAGUUGCAUGGACGUGCAUUCUCCCUUUAGUUGUUUAUUAAUUGGACACAAACAUCAUCGGUUUGUCGAGAGUCAAUUCAGAGAUGGAGGGUCGUAAGGACUCGAAGAGAGCGCGUGCUCUCGGGCUUGUCUUGUGGGUUGGGUUUGUUCUCAUUUUUGUUCCUGGAGCUGAAGGAUGGAGUAAAGAAGGGCAUGUCUUCACAUGCCGUAUCGCGCAGUCGUUGCUCAAGCCGGAUGCGGCGCAUGUGGUUAAGCAUUUGUUGCCGGAGUAUGCGAACGGGGAUCUCUCUUCCCUGUGCACAUGGCCAGACCAAAUACGGCACUGGUACAAGUACCGUUGGACUAGCUCCCUUCACUUCAUCGACACCCCCGACAAUGAGUGCUCCUUCGAUUAUGCUAGGGAUUGCCAUGACCAGCAUGGGCAGGAGAACAUGUGUGUUGCUGGUGCCAUUCAAAAUUUCACCUCUCAACUUCUCCACUACAAGGAAGGAACUUCAGAUCGCAGAUACAACCUAACUGAGGCUCUGUUGUUCCUAUCGCACUUCAUGGGUGACAUUCAUCAGCCAAUGCAUUGCGCGUUCACAAGCGAUGAAGGAGGAAACACCAUAGAGCUACGCUGGUUCAGGCACAAAUCAAACCUUCACCAUGUCUGGGAUCGAGAGAUCAUCUUAACGGCUGCGAAAGAUUACUACGAGAAGGACAUGGACCUCCUCCUUGAAGACAUCGAAGGAAACUUCACCGAUGGAGUUUGGUCCGAUGAUACUUCUUCUUGGAGAGACUGUAAAGAUAUCCUUUCAUGUCCGAUCAAAUAUGCAACUGAGAGCAUAAAGAUAGCCUGCAAAUGGGGCUACAAAGGUGUGGAGAACGGGGCAACUCUAGCAGAUGAUUACUUCAAUUCGAGGAUGCCGAUCGUGAUGAAAAGAAUUGCGCAAGGUGGGGUCCGACUUGCUAUGAUUUUGAACCAUGUCUUCAGCGACGACCAAGAAGGAUUUGUAUCACCAACUUAAAAGACGUAUCCGUUGCUUCAUUUUAUAUGUUACGAAUAGAUGUCUGACUAAUCUAAUUAGCAGCGCAUUAUUUCCUAUUUAA